AUGAUAGAAAUAGAAAUAAUUUUCGCACGUCCCGUAGAAAAUUGGAGAACAAUCACUAGCGUGCUAUUCAAUCUGAUGAGCUUUGACAAGAGGCAAUCAAUCAAUGUUUUUUUACUCACUGUUGAUAAAGCGAGGACGAAAGGAUUUCUCUUUAAGGACGUGUCACAGUUGAGUGCUUUGAAGAUUGUAAAGACUCUGACAGAGCAUGACAAUAGCGAAAGAAUAAAAUACUUUAGAAAAUGA